AUGAAGAUUGAUAUUGGAGCCAUUGCGCUCCUCGCGUCAAUGGUAGUGCCAUUCACUGGCACCACAGCCUUCCUCCUUCCGACCAUGCAACAUACCAACCAAAUGAGUACUUUGAGCAAAGCUUCCUACAAUAGCUUUUCUCUUGCUCCAUUGUGCGCUGCUGCAGAUGAGGACGAGGAAGAAAAGAAGGAAAAUCCUUAUGCUGAUCCCAACUAUCCUGAUUUGGAAUUUGUCAACUACGACGAUCCCGAAUACCAAGUGGAUCAAGGAGUGGGCAACGAAUUCUUUGAUGCAGAUUCCACCGAGGCUCAAGUUGAGGCCAUGCGGGAAGAGAGAAGAAUGCGGAAUGAUGAGUUUCAGUUUGAAACAUAUUACCAGGAUGUCCUACGAAAUGGCGCAGAAUUCAAGGGCGAGUGGACCGUUUUUCAAACUUCCACCUUUUUGCCGGAAACCAAUGGAAAAGCGGAAUUUCCAAAGUUGAAGAAACUUGGAGAACCUUUCAAGGUUUACAGCAAGGGAGAACGAAUUGAAGUGAAGGGGGACGGGGAUGCUGAAUUUCGACUAGAAAAUGCACGACUUUUGCACACUGAGCGCUUGUUUGUAGACUCAUCCUCUGAUUCUGGAUCAGUCAGUGACGACAUCAAGGCAGUACAAGAAGAAAUUGUUAAUGCUCAGUAUGCACCCCACGAAAUGAAGUCGGGAGAUUUCCGAGGACAACAAGGAAACAUGUGCGUCGGCAACGGAUUCACUAUUGCGACUGCAACUAGUUUGAAGGAUGGACAACCAGCUGGCGAAGGCCCUUAUGGAGAAUAUCGUACCGAAUUGGGAGUUCAAAAUGAGGAACUAAGGUUCCGCGUCAAGUUGGAGUAUGCUGUACGAAAGGUAGAAAAGGAUUCCAUGGAAAUGCCACCACUGCAUUUAAAGACCAUGACACUCUGCCGAGAAGCCGAAGGAAUGUGGCCACGAGCGGAAAACUACAAGUCGGCAAUUGAAUCACUAACUGACCGUGUUUUCUUUGGACCUGCUGGUGCUAAUGGAGGCUUGUACGACCCUCCUCCAGUUGGAUCAGAAGAGCAAGCAGGACAAUAUAUGUUGUUGGAUUUGGAAGGUGGUGCGUCACUGCUGGUACCCUACAAGAUGGAUCAAGAUCCAAUGGUUCAUGAAGAUAUGGGUUGGGUCACCAGUUUUGAUUGGUCACCAGGUCCCAUUCGGUUUCAAGUGGAUCGAAAGAUUAAUGGGGGUAGUGGAAUCCUUGGACUGCGAACCUUGGAGUUGAGUGAGGUGCAAGCGGCAGAUGCGGACACUUACCGUCCAAAAGAUGGAGGUGCCAACAUGCGACAAUAA